AUGCCGAUUACUAUCAGACGUGUAACAAGUGAGGAUAUCAUAUGCAUGCAAAAUGCAAACUUAACUAAUUUACCAGAGAAUUACAUGCUGAAGUACUACAUGUACCAUAUUUUGUCUUGGCCAGAAGCAUCGUUCGUUGCAACAACUACAGAAGACUUGGUCACUGAUCAAUCACUCUUGGAGUACGAUAAUAUGACCGAAGAUGCAUUAGAUAAAAGCGUAAAAUUGGAUCCAAUGUACGUCGCUAAUGGUGAAAAACUGGUCGGAUAUGUGCUGGCAAAGAUGAACGACGACCCAGAUGCCCAGAAAGAACCUCCAAAUGGACACAUUACCUCUUUAAGUGUCAUGCGCAGCUACAGAAUGAUGGGUAUUGCCGAAAAGUUGAUGAGGCAGGCGCUUUUCGGUCUAUGCGAGGUAUACAAGGCCGAGUACGUUAUGCUACAUGUCAGGCAGUCAAAUCGCGCUGCCCUUCAUCUGUAUCGUGAUACACUUUCUUUUGAAGUCCUAAAUGUCGAGAAGGGUUAUUACCAAGACGGUGAAGAUGCAUAUGCCAUGAAGAAAGUACUUGUUCUCGACGACCUAUUACCAGGUAAGUUCCAGAGAUCAGAACUCGAGGAUGACCUGGAAUCAGAUAUAUUAGGAACUAUACUAGCUGAAGAGCUAGUGACUACUGUAGUAUAG